AUGAAGACAGCAGCAUUCGUGCUGGCCGCGACCGCUGUCUCCAAGGUCUCAGCUCAGACUUUCUCCGACUGUAAUCCCAUGUUCAACACUACUUGCACACCAAACACUGCUCUCGGUACAUGGCACGACUGGAACUUUACCGACUCUACUAUCGCGGACACCAAGAUCUGGAACACGACUGGUGGUACGCCCGACUACACUGAUGUCGGUGCUCAGUUCACGAUUGGCGGCAAAGGCGACAGCCCUACACUCGAAUCCAACUUCUACAUCUUCUUCGGCCAGGUCAGCGUGAUCAUGAAGGCCGCACCAGGCGUCGGUAUCGUCUCUUCAGUCGUCCUCGAAUCCGACGACCUCGACGAGAUCGAUUGGGAAUGGCUGGGUGGAAACAACACAAGCGUCGAGACCAACUACUUCGGCAAGGGCAACACAACCUCAUACGAUCGCGCCAUCUACUACGACGUCGACGAUGUGACCGGCACACUCCACAACUACUCCAUCACCUGGACACAAGAAAAAUUGGAAUGGCUCGUCGACGACAAAGUGCUGCGCACACUCAAAUACGAAGACGCUCUCAACGGCGAGAACUACCCUCAAACACCCAUGAAACUCAAGAUCGGCAUAUGGGCUGGAGGCGAUCCGGACUCAAACUCCAACGGCACAGUCGAAUGGGCAGGAGGUGUAGUAGACUACCACAAAACUCCCUUCACCAUGACCAUGGAACGCGUCUACGUCGCCGACUUCAGCACCGGAAGCACCUACACCUACGGCGAUCAAACCGGCUCUUACGAAUCCAUCAAGAUCGCCGAAGGAAACAGCACAAUCGCCCAACGUCUUGCCAAACCCCAUGGCGCAGAGGCACAUUACAAAGCACUUCCUAAAUGGGCUCAAGCCACGAUUGCCGCUGGUUCGGUAGCCGUAUUCGCUAUUGCGCUUGUUGCGUUUGUAUUCUGCUGUAUCAAGUCCAGACGUGCUGGAAGGAGGGAACGUGCUGCUGCUGAUGCGUUGUGGGAGAAGGAAAUGCAGGAGUUGGCAGAGUAUAAGCGUAAUUCGCCUCAUGUUGGUAGUGGUGGUGCUCAUGGCGUAAAGGAGUAUUUCUGA